AUGGAAAUAGAGGAGAAGAUUGUUAAUGUACCUCGAAUGAAUCCAAAGUCAUGUUAUGGGUGUUUACAAUGUAGAAACAAAGACGACUUUUAUUGUGUCCAAAAGGACGAGACAUUCAAACUAGCGAAGGAUAUUUUGAACACUGAAAUUGUUGUUUUUGCAUUUCCAAUUUAUUAUUUUAAUAUGCCAGGACCAAUUAAAACAUUGUUAGAUCGUUUUGUUCCUUCAUACGAUUGGGAUAAUAAUGGAUUAAAACAAAACCUUACUCCUUUGUUUAAACAUAAAAGAUUUGUAUGUAUUGUGAAUUGUGCUGAUGUUCAAGAGAGUUUUUGUGAAAGAGGUGCUUAUGCAAUUAAAGAAACAGCUCAUUUGUAUCAUAUUGCAUAUAAUGAAUUGUAUAUGGUUGGAUGUGAUGGAGAAGGUAUUGUUGAGAAAGACAUAAAGAAACAGGAAAGAGCCAUUAAUUUUGGAAAACAUGUUGGUGUAGAACAUUUACGGGUAUGA